UUUGCCUCUUCCCCACCAAGAACACCAUUUGGUUUCCCCCAGCUGGGUCUCUAUUUAGGUACGCUUCACGAACUUCCAGUGUCUGGGCAGCUUCUGCUCACUGAUUUCCCUCAGCUGGGCAGGCUUGUGAAAAACAAGAGGUCUGGGUCUUGAAUCCCUUCCCCUCUCAUCUUUGGGCAGCCCAGCUAACGAGGGAAGACGCUCUGGCUGCUGGGCAGAGCUGGGCUGCUGGAAGAGUCAGGGUUCUCUCCCGUUCCUGGGGAGGCCUGAAGAGCAAACAGCUGGGACGCAAAAAAGCCGGAGAGCGGAAGAUGGGCAGUGAUGACAGCAAAUACAAUCAUGAAAAGAAGUUUUAAAACUACACAUCCGAAAAUCCAUCAAAGCAGGCACCCGCAGCCCCCACUGUCAUAACAGAAAAAAGUCCCACCUUGUAAUUGCAUCUGGUCAACAGGAAGCUCUAGUUUUGUGGGAAGAGGGCUACAUCGAACCCUUCCAGAGUCAUCACCCAGAGGUGCCCACUGGCUGACCAGGGACAGUCUUCCCAGUUGGCGGACGAUGCAGGGGAAUAAGAAGUGUACCGAUGGGUUCAGCGACUCCUCAAGCAUAGGCAGUGUGCUGGACGAUGCAGACAGGGAGGUGAGCAGCCUCACGGACCGGGCUUUCCGUAGCUUGUGCAUCUCAGAGGACACAUCGUUCAAUGACCCUGACCUGGCCCUGUCCCCGGAUAUCACCCACCAGGUGUUUGGGAAUUUCCACCAGGUAACAGUGAGCCACACCCACAGGAAAAGUGGCAUUUGGAGCCAGUUACCAUCACAAGGCACCGAGCAUGCAGGCUGGGCAGCCACCUUCCAACAGCUACCCAAGUAUGUUCAAGGGGAAGAGAAAUACCCCAAAAGCAGCCCCCCGUUAACACCAGUCCAGAGGAGACUGGAGGUGCCAGUUUCCGGCCUGAGAAGCAGCAACAAGCCUAUUUCCAAAGUGUCAUCACUAAUUAAAUCUUUCGACAGGACAGAGAACCAACAUUGUGACAGCAGGCCUCCUACCAGCAAGCCUCCAGCUCUCAAAAACCCCCCCAAAUUUGCUCCUCUUCCGGAAAGUGGUGUCAACUUCUGCUUUGAUUCUGCCUUUUUGACUGUGAGGAGGGUGCCUGCCGAAGUCUCCGGCACCCACCAGAACAGCCACCAGCCUGGCAGGAGGCACAGUGAGCAGGAGUCCCCCAAGAGUUCCGAGAUCGCCUGUCAUGACAUGAGCGGCUUCCUCCCAACUCCGGAAAAUGUGGCCAACUCAUUUGAGUCGAAGUUCCUCUCUCUGCCCCACAAGCCAGCCAAGGGGGAGCCUGGGAAAGGCAAGGAGUGGACUUGCAAAGGGACCUUUCUUCAUAGUGAAAACAGUGCUUUUGAGUCAUGGAAUGCCCACCAGCCAAGGCUGCCCGAGAGAAAGGACACUGCUGACUCUGUCCCAGAAAGCGAAGCCCCCAGACAUUACGAGGACUCGCCCUUGUUAGAUUCCCAGGCGCCUGAGCACAGAGUCUCUCCCUGCCAAGUCAGGGCCAGCUGCAGCCAGGAGGAGAACAGGCUGGCAGCAGGAGCUCUCUCCACACCUGCACCCUGGGGAUCGAGGGAUCUGGGAGCCCAGGUACUCGCCACAGAGGGAAGAGCUUCCAGCUCACAGCCUGACCCUCAGGUGAAGCCAACCCAGCCCCCAUGGAGGAAACCAAAGCCUAGCAAAGGAAGGAAAGAAAGUGUACAAAAUGCUUCCGAGGAGAAAAAGCAGACCAACAGGAGAGGCCCACCCUUACAUACAAAGCACAAUCCCCAGGGGCAAUUUCCAGAAAAUGGUGCUCCUGACAUGACCGUGGACCCCAAUGAGCAUUACAAUCCUCCUUUCAACAUCAGUAAGCUUCUGACCCCUGUCAUACCCACCAAGCACAUCCUGGACUCAUCCAACCCCCAGCCAGCAGAGAUAACCCCAUCACCCCUAGGACAGCUAAACGGAUACCAAGAGAAGGAGCCAGGUGAAUGUCAGUCUUGGGACAGCUACAAAUCCAAAGCCCCAAGCCUGCUAUUCAACCUCAAAGAUGUGCGGAAGCACGUUAAGAGCACAUACAGCCCCUCACCUCUCUUAAAAGGUGUCGAUGACAAAACCAGAGGUAAGCAAGAACCCAUGAGCAAUGGUGUUAUCCUUCCCAAUGGGCUUGAGGAAAGCCCCCCAAAUGAGAUUUCUAAGGAGAGACCAGCUGAUGCCCCUUCUGGGUCGCAUGUCAGCACCCAGAAAGACCCCAGAGCCGACCCCGAUGCAGACAACACAGACAACUGUCUAAAUCUGAGCUCACCUCCAGCCAUCGCCAAAGCCUCCUCCUGUGUCAAUGGGGAGAUCGCCUACAGGAACAGCUAUGAGAAGAGCAACGCCAAUGGAGAAUUAGAGAUGGGUGCCACCAGGUCCAGCUGGGGUCCGGACACCAGGGAUCACUGCCUCCGGAAGCAGUGGUCCCUGAAGCUGUGCAGCAGAGAGCCAGAACCAGGGAAGGUGGAGGAGAAACCAAAGAGCCCCAGCCUAGAGAAGAGGCUCUCAAGAUCAGUCUCUCAAGAGACAGAACCCGAGAGAGAGGCAGGACUUCAGAAUCCAAACAUCAACCAGAAAUUCUCCCCUGGGCCCCUCUCUCCGGAGGAGGAAGAUGUGUUUUAUAGUGACAGCCAGUCUGAUUUUAUGCCAGGCUUCACAAGUAAAGCCAAAUUCAGCACCAGCUCUUCAGAUCAGUCAUUUGCCUCGUUCGAGGAGCCACAGAAGAUGUGGUUCACCGAGAGCCAGCAGGAAGACAGGAGGAAUGACGUGGGUGCAGGUGACAGUGAGAAGCAGAAAGUGAUGAGGAAGGAGCUCCAGUACCGUGCCUUAAGUAAUGGGCACGUGUGCAUGGAGGAGCCCAGCAGGGUGGAAUCACUGCAAGGAGAAGGGGAAAGUCUGUCUGGAGGUAGACACAGGAAGGCUUCAAGGGAGGAAGCUAAUUUCAAAGGCGCAUGGAUUGGAGGAAGUAAGGAUACAAACCUUUCACAUGCCAAAGACCUUACCCCCUCACCAUCUUCCGCUUCAAACAAGCACAUUCUGUUUGCAAUUAAAGACAACACCCUCAGGGCCACUCCUGUGAUAAAGCCCAUCAUGCUGCCCCUCCUGAGGGUCUUGUCCUUGGAGGACUCUCUCGGCAGUGGCCACAAAGAGGAGGAAUUGCCAAGGCCAGGCUGGGGUGAGGAUGCAGGACUCUGUGCCCCCGAGAGCCAGGAAAUGCCCAGCACCCCAACACCUGUUAGCAUGCAGGGCACACACUGGAAGCACACAACCUAUGAGGGCACAGAGGACCACAGGCAGAUGCCCAGAGUGGCCAGGACAGACACCUCCCAGCCAGCCCCAAAGGGAAAUGUCCAGUCUCCUCUGGUGGGGGGAGAGGGUGAAGGGCUGAAGCCACCCUCGGAGACAGCAUGUAAAGCUGUGGCCAGUGACAGCAAGCGGGGUUCCACAGACCAGGUGAAGCUGGAUGUUCCAAGGCACAUCCCUACGAUCACCUUGCCCCAAGGUGACCUAUAUGACCAGCCACCCCCAAAACAGCUGGAAGCCUGUUGGAAAGAGCCAACAGAAGAUUUCAAAAGUCACUUUUUGUCUAUCUUCAGAGCAGAGUCCCAGGGCAGAAGACUGGUGUCUGGUGAGAUGACAACUUCCCCCAAUGCCAGCUCCCUGGAGGAGAAUAGUGUAUGCUCCCCUGCUGCCAACAGUAUGUGGGACGAUGCUUCCCAGACCCCCAGAGAGCUGGGCCUACUGCCCGGGGAACCUCCCCACACCAGCCCCUGGGCCAGCUCCUGCCCUGCAAGGGUCACCCGGAGGGAGGACGUGACACAUGCCCUCACAUGGGAGGCCAGCUCUGACCCCCAACUUGAGCCAUUAGCAGAAGAUCUCAGGACGCUUUCUCCAGAAGGCUCAUUGAUGGACACAGCCACCAGUUCAGCAGGCCUCCCUGAGAAACCAGAGCCUCCUGCUCAGCUGGAGAGGGCAGCUGGCAAGCCACCUGCAGUCCCACCCAAAACAGAAAAGGCCCUGCGGCGGGCAAAGAAGCUGGCAAGCAAGCGGAAAAAGCCUGACCAGUGGCAGAAGCACGGCGAACCCCAGGAGGAAAAGCCCUGCCUGGGUGACACAGAGCAUAGACCGCUGUCCCCCGGAGAGAGGCCCCGGUCCAGGUUCCCUGUGGUCCAUUCCCUGCCCCCUCCUGUGCACCGCCACUCAGUGUCUGUCUUCUCAGAGCCAGUCAGGGGGCAGCCUGGGGGGUCCCAGUCCCUCACGCCCCUGCCCCCUUACCCUGCCACACAGAAGGUCCUUCAAGACCCCCAGUCUGGAGAGUACUUUGUCUUUGAUCUGCCACUCCAGGUGAAAAUCAAAACCUUCUAUGACCCAGAGACAGGCAAAUACGUCAAAGUCCCCAUCCCAUCCUCAGAGGGCGGCUCCCCAGAGCCCUCCCCGCCAGAGGCGCUGGCUGCCCCCUAUAUGCUGUACCCCCGCCUCCAGCCCCUGCCCGUGACAGCCUCCAUGCCGCUACGCUGCUCCUCUCAGCUCUCUGCCCCCACCUUCCUGAGGCAGGGCCCUCACACUGAGCAGACAGACGGCCCCGGGCCCCAGAGUGCCCUCGAUGCCAGCCUACCGCUGGCCCCCAAGCCUCACAGCAGCCCCACCCAGCACUCUGCAGGCCAGCACCCUGAAGGGCCUCCCAGGAGCCAAGGGGAGGAGGGGGGAGAUGCUCCAAGCCUGAGCAUCAUCUCUACCAACGACCUAGAGGACUUUGCCACAGAAGGCAUUUCUUGAGAAUCACAGCUGACUCACCAGCCCCCAUAAACCCAGAAGAGUUUACUCCCCCUUCCCCCAGAUGAACACUUACACACACACACACACACACACACACACACACACACACACUUCAACACAAACUUAGCCAUUUGAGGAUCUGAGGUCCCUAAAGUCUCAGAAUAAGUGAAAGUCCUGAGGAAACCCCAUCUGAAUGGCUCCCUGGUGCUCUUCCCCCUGGGAGGGUGCCGCUUGCAUGCCCUAGGUCCUUCUGAGCCCCUUCCUGUAUCCCAGAUCCCUCCACUUCUUUUCUCCUCCCCUCCCUUCCUCCCCGUCCUUCUCUGUCCCUGCCACCAGCACAGUCUAGCCUGAUUCCUAAAGGCUAUUCUUCUCCAGCACCCCUACCCACUCCUCAAGGACAGGUUUGCCCCCUGAAAGGCUGCGUUGUGCUGAGCCCUGCCUGGCAAGCCGACCACCCAGCACGCCCCCUACCCCCCAGUCUAGGUCAGGCAUAGCACAUGUACCCCCUCACACAGAGCAGUCAUCUCCAGCUUACCUCCUGCAGCAGUGGCUGAGGACCGACCCAAGGCAAUUGUGCAGAAAUGUUUAUUUGAAUAGAAUGGGUUUUCUUUACUAAGGAAACUUUCCUCUGAAGGCUAUUUUCUGAAAAAGAAAAGGCUCCGUUUUAAGAAGUGAAACAAGUUUGUAGAUGUGCUUCU